GAAGAUGCUGCAAGCCGUCAUCUCUAUGGUGUUUGACUUCCAGUAAGUCUGUUGUUGUUAGCCGCCUGAAGCUGUCUCUCCAUGUGGUGUGAUCUAGUCUUGCCUCGAUCCAUGUGACACGUAGGAGAGCAAGCUUUAAGUAGUAGCAGCGACCAGUGAGCAAACCAUCCACCGUCUCGCGGCAUUGAGCAUGGUGGCGCGGCCGUGACGGACCAACAUCAACCCGCAACGUCGAGCCGGCGUGGUUGCACAAGCAGCUAAGGAAGGAAGGAUCCAUGGCUGACAACAGCGGAGGCAACCCCUUCCUUAUCUCGCCGUCGACGGGCCACCGCGCCACGCGGUCCUCCUCCUUCUCCUUUUCCUCCUCGGCGUCCGGCGCCGUCGCCGAUGAAGCUGGGACUCACCACCGCGCGCCCGGCGCCGGUGACGGCAAGGCGACAGGAGCGGAGGCGGACGCGGGGGCGGCGUUCGUGCUGGAGUCGAAGGGCACGUGGUGGCACGCGGGGUUCCACCUCACGACGGCCAUGGUUGGGCCGGCGGUGCUGUCGCUGCCGUACGCGUUCCGGGGCAUCGGCUGGGGGCUGGGGCUCGGGGUGCUCACCGCCCUCGGAGCCAUCUCCUUCUACACCUACUACAUCAUGUCCAGGGUGCUCGACCACUGCGAGGCCGCCGGCCGCCGCCACAUCCGAUUCCGAGACCUCGCCGCCGACAUCUUUGGAUCUGGAUGGGCGUUCUACCUGGUGGUGGCCGUGCAGACUGCCAUCAACACCGGGACAACCAUCGGCAGUAUCUUGCUCGCCGCAAACUGUGUAGAGAUUCUAUAUUCUAGCUUGACGAUUGAUGGUCCUUUGAAACUAUACCAUUUCAUCCUCCUCAUCGCCGUCGUGUUGGCUAUACUAUCCCAAAUGCCGUCAUUUCACUCGCUGCGGUACAUCAACCUCGGCUCUCUGCUCCUUAGCUUGGGCUACACCAUCCUCCUAUCUGCCGCCUGCAUUCGGGCAGGUCUCUCGAGCAAUGCUCCGGCGAAGGAUUACUCGCUGAGUGCUUCCAAGUCAGAGAAGACAUUUGGCGCCUUCCUCUCUGUCGCCAUCCUAGCCGCCGCGUAUGGCAAUGGCAUCCUGCCGGAGAUCCAAGCCACGCUAGCGCCACCAGCGGCUGGGAAGAUGGCGAAGGCGCUGGUAAUCUGCUACUCGGUAGCGUCCUUCACCUUCUACCUACCGGCCAUCACCGGCUACUGGGCCUUUGGCAAGACGGUGCGGUCCAACGCCAUGCAAAGCCUUAUGCCUGAGACGGGGCCCUCGCUAGCACCGACAUGGCUUCUCGGCCUCGCCAUUGUGCUCGUCCUCCUCCAGCUCCUUGCCAUUGCGUUGUUGUACGCACAAGUGGCGUAUGAGGUGAUGGAGAAGAUGUUGGCGGACCCGACGCAAGGGAGGUUCUCACGGCGGAACCUCAUGCCGCGGUUGGCGCUGAGGACCAUCUAUGUGGCGUUCUGCGCGUUUGUUGCGGCGGCACUGCCGUUCUUCGGUGCCAUUGUGGGCGUGAUUGGGUCUGUGGGGUUCAUCCCGCUUGACUUUGUGAUUCCAGUCGUCAUGUACAACAUGGUCGUGUCUCCACCUAGGAGGUCGCUGGUGUACAUAACCAAUUUGAUGAUCAUGGUUGUGUUCACGGGCGUCGGGGUCAUUGGCGCCGUCGCCUCCAUUCGGAAACUUGUGCUCAACGCUGGGCGGUUCAAGCUCUUCAGCGACCAUGCCUUCAAUUGAAUCCAUUUCUUGCUUCUACCACACCAGCCCAUAUAUUACAUCUUUCUGUUAGAAAUAUUCAUCCAAUAUUUCUUCUAGUAGUCAGCUCCAAGUUAAGCAACUCGUGGUUAGAUUGCUAACAUCAGAGAUCAAAUCUUAGCUUUAGCACUUUGAUGUCUCAUAAAAGUGGAUAUUUUUCAUUGGGAGGCGAUGUUCUUGUCGAUAGAGAGGCGAUUGUUUUGACUUUGACAAUCUCAAGAUCAGUUGGAUCCAUCUCUCAGUCCCAAUCUCUUGGAGAGAUUCAUAGGGAUAGGGUGUUCG